AUGGAUAGCAGCCCAUUCAACAACCACGAAGUCACAACUAUGCAUGAACCUGCAGGAAUAUCUAUGCAAGAUGACAACAUGCUGGAAGGGACUUUGGCUUACGUGAAAGGACUUUUGGAGUCUAUUACGACGGGAAUGCGACAGGACAUCCUAGAAAACGCGAUUACCAUACUACGGGAGGCCAUCCGCGAAGCUGACGGCGACAACGACACCAAGGCGAAGGCAGAGGUUGCCCUGAUCAAAGCGCUUAUAACCCGUUUCGCGUGCCACGGAUGGGUGGACGAUCUGGACGAAGCGACGAGGCUUUUGAAAGGCAACGAGGCCAUCAAAUCCUCCUUCAUCCGUGAACUGCAGAUGAUGGGUCCUCAGGGAGAUCACUGUCCUGAAAUUAUCGCAUGCUCUCUCAACCUUCUUCAUGAAUAUCGACAGUCAAUCGACAAAUCCAACCUCGACACCGCCAUUGUUGUUGCCAGUGACAUCCUUGCUUCAUAUCAUGUCGUGACCAAUUAUCGAGCCCAGCUGGCGCUUCGUGCUGGAAACGCAUUGGUGCUGAGGUACCUGUCCUGUGGCGAUGAGGACGACUUGUCGUCGGCUAGGGCGUUAUUUCAAGACGCCAAGGAAGCGUCCGGAACAGGGGAUCCCAUGCUGUUAAUUGCCCUUGCGGACCUACGGCACGUUGGGUUUGCCAACUUCUUGGAAAGUGGGAUGCUACAAGGGAUGAGUGGUCUUCAAGAAAUGGCACGGUAUGUUGAAGCGGCUCGCGUCGAAGAUCAAGAAGGACAAGAGGCGUACGAACUGGGAUCCCAGUUGAUGCAAGGAGACAAACUCGCGAUCGAUGAAGCCAUCCUGCAAUUUCGUCGCUCGCUUUCCCUCCGGCCUCCACAGCACCCAAGGCGACACAACACACUUGCACAUUACGCCCUUGCGUUGGGUAACCGUUUCGCCUGCACUGGUCAGAUCAAAGAUCUGGAGCAAAGUAUCAGUCUUCAUAAAGAGGCGCUAUCCCUCUGCCCUCGAGGCCAUCCCGAACGCACCGUUUCGCUCAACAACCUGGCGAAUGCCCUCUCCACUCACUUCAGGAACAAAGGCAACUUCCUCGACCUGGACGAGUGCAUCGCCCUGCACAGGGAAGCGCUGUCUCUCCGCCCUCUCGGCCAUCCCGACCAUGCCGGCUCGCUCAACAACCUAGCGAACGCCCUCUCCACUCGCUUCCAGAAGAAAGCCGAUUUCCGCGACCUGGACGAGUGCAUUAAGUUCCACAGGGAAGCACUGUCUCUCCGUCCUCUCGGCCAUCCCGACCGUGGCAACUCGCUCAACAACCUGGCGAGCGCCCUCUACACUCGCUUCAGGAACAAAGGCGACUUCCGGGACCUGGACGAGUGUAUUGCCCUCCACAGGGAAGCGCUGUCUCUCUGCCCUCUCGGCCAUCCCGACCGUGCCAGUUCGCUCAACAACCUAGCGAGCGCCCUCUCCACUCGCUUCGGCAACAAAGGCGAUUUCUGGGACCUGGACGAGUGCAUUGCCCUCCACAGGGAAGCGUUAUCUCUCGUUCCUCGAGGAAAUCCCCACCGCGCCGGCUCGCUCAACAACCUGGCUAACGCCCUCUCCACUCGCUUCGACAACAAAGGCGACUUGCGCGACCUAGAGCAGUGCAUUUCCCUCCACAGGGAAGCGCUGGAUCUCCGUCCUCAUGGCCACCCCGACCGUGCCAGUUCGCUCAACAACCUAGGGAGCGCCCUCUCCACUCGCUUCGGGAACAAGGGCGACUUCCGGGACCUGGACGAGUGCAUUGCCCUCCACAGGGAAGCGCUGUCUCUCCGUUCUCUCGGCCAUCGCGACCGUGGCAACUCGCUCAACAACCUGGCGGGGGCCCUUUUUAGGUGUUUUCAAAGCGCCGGUAACUUUGAGGCCCUCACGGAGUGUAUAGUUCAUGGGCGAGAGGUUCUGGCGAUGCUUUCCAAUUCCCAUACCUCUCCUGAAAACCAACAUGAUCCUAGCCGCAACAUGUGGAAUCAUCCAGAUGGCUUGAAGGCUGUCAAUAACCUCGUUCAGCCUCUCAAAGCGAAGCACAAGAUUUGCCGCGACGACGAUACUCUGAAUGAGAUUUUUGAACUCCUCAAGUCUGGGGUCCAAUGGUACGGGGCAUCGCCCCUGGUCAGAUUACACCAUUCCAAGCUUUGGGCAUCCACUUGCCGUGAAUUCCAUCGCCCCCGCACCGCACUGGACGCUUAUCGUCAUGGCAUAUCUUCACUUCCCGUCCUAGCCUCCCUCGACCUCACGCUCGAACAACGCCAGAAUGUUCUCGUCUACGCCAAGGAUUUAUCAAAGGAUGCGGUUCAGUGUGCGAUCGAGCAAAAUGAACUCGAUACAGCGCUUGUAUUUCUCUCCACCGCUCGGUCUGUAUUUUGGUCCCAAGCCCUCCAAUUCCGUGGAUCCCUCGACCGCCUCGAUGCACUCCAUCCCGACCUUGCAUCGGAUUUCCGAUUAGUUACUCGCCAGCUGCAGAUCGCGACCGAACAGCAACCCCAACCGGAGUCCACACUGUCUGGAAGUACCCAGCCACUCCGCCCUUACCUUCUUUCCCAACAAAGGGAAGAAAUCAUCGCAAAGACCCGAGCCAUGGAAGGCUUUCACGAUUUCCUGCUUCCCCCUUCGGUCGACGACCUCAAGACUGCAGCGCGCAAGGGACCUAUCGUCUUCCUGAAUGCCAGUAACUUCGGUUGCCACGCUCUCAUUCUCAAGGAGGAUGGAACCCUUCACCGCCUUGCUUUGUUCGUAGACAUGGAGUUAUUGCAGCGUUGGGUGGCCACGAUUCGCCGGUUGGCGGGAGGAUUCGGUCGAAGUGAUUCUGAAGACCGUUUUGAAGAAAUGGACCGUGCCUUCAAGCCAGUCCGCGCCGGAAAGGGUCGAACGAUCGAUGAUGAAUUUCGGGAUAUCCUGAAAGAGCUUUGGUUGAAAGUGGGCCAGCCAGUCAUUUCCGCACUCGGAUUCGAGAAGACCAACGACCCGCGUAGAAUGUGGUGGUGUCCCGCCGGUCUUUUCACGUUCCUUCCAAUCCAUGCUGCCGGCAAUUACCCUUCCCCUCCUUCCUCAGAAUCCGACUGCUUAUCCGACUAUGUCGUCUCGUCUUAUUGCUCCGCUCCACAGGACCUCAUCGCACCCCCGCCCGAGCUUAACCCCGAGUUCAAGAUGCUUGUCGUAAUCGAACCGGAUGGACAUGUAUCGGGGGAAUCCAGCCUUCCAGCGACCAGAAAGGAGCUCGAAAAGAUCGAGUCGCGCAUCCCCGACAAGGGUCGUUUGAUUACCCGCAUUGGUUCAAAGACAAAUUCUGAAAAACCCGUUGUGGAAGACGUCAACUCUGCAUCCAUCGUCCACUUUGGCUGUCACGGAAAGCAGAAUUUAUCAAACCCAUUAGACAGCUGCCUGCUACUCAGCGAAGGGCGUUUGACGAUGUCAUCACUCAUUCGGGACUGUCAGGCCUCGACCGCUGCCCUUGCCUACCUGAGUGCCUGCGAGACUGCUAUGGGAGAUGAAGAACGUCCAGACGAGUCCCUCACUCUGGCUGCCACAAUGCAGUUUGCGGGUUUCCGUAGUGUAGUUGCGACCAUGUGGGUAAUCCACGACGACGACGGCCCCAUCGUAGCCGACGCGUUCUAUCGUCAUCUCUUCCGGCACGGUACUGCGGCCCCGCCAGACGUCACCGACGCAGCAUAUGGACUGCACCUUGCUGUGAAGGAACUGCGGGAGCAGGGAACAUCUUUCCAUCGCUGGGUCCCUUUUGUUCAUCACGGCAUUUGA